GUGAAGUAGGACUAUCUAUCCGUCACAAAGCCACCAUGUCUUAUCCUCUUGUUCUUCAAGUUUCGAUGCCAGUUCUCCACAGCGCCCAAACGUCUGACCAGAGCGUCAGCUUUUGGGGAGGUUAUUGUGUCCGAGUUACAGCGUCUAGGACAGCACAACCCUAGACACACUCCGCACCUGCGCCAUUGAACUCUGUUGGGACUACAAGUCCCAGAGAAUACAAAUCCCAAAACUCCUAGCCCUUGACUGUGGUCAACCAUCAACCCUAGACACCCCUCUCACCAAGUCACCUGCGCCAUUGAACUCUGUUGGGACUACAAGUCCCAGAGACUACAAAUCCCACACUCCUAGCCCUUGACUGUGAAUAGAGCUCUCCCAUCAUGCCGCUGGUGCUGCUGCCCUCCUCCCAGCUGCUGCUGGUCCGCGUGGCCGCCCUGGUCUUCUCCUGCGUGUCCUUCAGUGUCUCUGCCCACGGAGCCAUGCUCCCCCACGGCGGCAUGGCCGACUGGUGCAUCUUCUGCUGGGCCUUUAGCUUCGCCGGCACCCUGCUGGUUCUCCUGGUGGAGCAGUUUGGCCUCCAGGCUCGCGCCCCAGUCUCCUGGACCAACUUCCCCAUCACCCUAGCCUGCUACGCGGCCUUGCUCUGCCUCUCCGCCUCCGUCAUCUACCCCCUCUACUUCCUCCAGGACGGGAGCUGGCGCGGGGAGCCGCGCGACUGCCGCAUCGCCGCCACCGUCUUCUCCUGCCUGGCGACCGUGGCCUACCUGGGCGAGGUGAGCCUGGCGCGGGCGCGGCCCGGCGAGGUGGCGGCCUACAUGGCCACGGCCCCGGGCCUCCUCAAGGUGUGCCAGACGUCCGUGGCGUGCCUGAUCUUCAUCCUGGUCAGCGAGCCCGUGGCUUACGACGGCCACGCCGCCCUCAAGUGGUGCAUGGCGGUCUACUGCAUCUGCUUCAUCCUGUCCGCCGCCGUGGUGGUGCUCUGCGUCGGCGAGUGCACCGGCUGCCUCCCGUUCCCCUUCGCCAAAUUCCUGUCCGCCUACGGCCUGCUGGCGGUGGUCAUGUACCUGACGGCCACCAUCAUCUGGCCCGUCUUUCAGUUCGACAAGCGUUACCGUGGCGGCGGCCGCCAGCAGCCUCGGCUGGUUGCCGUGGCGGUGCUCACCGCCCUCAACUUCCUGCUGUACCUGGCGGACCUGGCCUACUCUGCUAGGCUGGUGUUUGUCAGUGUGUGAUGGAGGGAGGAAGAACAAGGGAUGAUGAUGGGGAGGGCGGUUGGGGUAGGUAAACAUUUAACCCUCGUGCUGCCUUCGGGUCACAUGACCCAAAGGUUCAUAACAAACCAUUGUUGUGUUUACCCAAUUUUACCCAAUACAAAAACAAAUAAAAAUAAUUUUCUUUUAACCAUCGCAAUGUGGGGGGUCUGAGACAGCCCGACAGUUAAAAGAAAAUGCUUCACUUUGUUUUUGUAUGAGGUAAAUUUGUCGCAAUACGACGGUGGGUCACAAUGACUGAUGGGUCAGAAUGACCCGAAGAUAACACAAGGGUUAAGAGAGGACGGGUGUAUGAUGUACUAUGAUCGAGCAUGAGGAAGGAAUAGAACAGUGUUAUUACUUCUAAGUUUUGACAUCUCAGGAUGACCUGGAGGGGGAUGGGAGGUCAAAGACAGCUACUGACUGAAGGUCAGCAAGACCAAAGUUGAACCUUUCAAUCAUGUUACAUAAAUCUUGAACAUUAUGUUUUAGUCAUCUUUUGAAAAAUCUUAAGGAAUGUAUUAAGUUUACCUUCGGAUAGGCUGUGUGUGUUUGAGUGCAUUAAACUGUUUUUCUGUCCUUUGUAUUAAAUAGUGCAUGUUUCUCUCAAUGUCUUUCAUUUAUAUAUAGACAGACAUUCAUAUUGAUAUAAGUAUUUGUCUCACCAUGUGCAGUACUUUAGGAGGACACUAGGCCAGCAACAUGUGAAUAGUAUUUGGUUUUUG